AUGCAGCAAGACUAUCACGACAGCAUUGCAAAGGGAACUGGAAGCAGUGUCGCUGAUGUGUCCGACGUGACGGAGCGUGAACUUCAUCCUCGCUCUUACGGCUCAAGAGACAGAAUCAUUCGACAUCCUCCUGGUAACAAUAAGUACGGCUCAUACCGUCUUCGCACCGACAGAGGAACGAAACUCCCCGUAUCUGUCCCGCAGUAUGGUGUAGGUCCUGGAACUUAUGCCUCAAACACAACUCGCAACCUUUCCAAGGCAAACUCACGAUUACCUGAAUCUACCGCUCGUUUCUCCAAUCUAUUUCGCAGGGAGCCAUCUGAGCAGACCCCCGGCCAUGAGAACAUCCUCCUCUCAGACCUGCCUCCCAAGAGAGGCAGCUAUCAGAGCCUCGACUCGGACGCAGCUCCUCAUGGAAACGCCCAAGCCGAUGAAACAAUUUCGCCGGAUGGCGAAAGGUACUUCGGCUUCAGUUGGAAUAGAAUUCGAAAGAAUCUUGGUCGUGAUCCUCCCAAAACCCCCCUGACUAUUUUUGACAAGCCACUGUACAAAAGACGAUUCCAGGAGUCCAACUCGGACAAACCUGCCCAUGUUCCUCAUGAUGACUUUCUGUCCAAGAUUCCUCGUCUUCCGUUUCCUCUUGUCAGUCUUCCCGAGGCUGCGAUGUUGCAGCAGUUCAAACGACAGAGAGGUGAAGAGGAUCACAGCCAGAGUGCAGGCAACUUUGGGGCCAGGGGAAGAUCGAACACGAUCAGCACUGAAAACUCGCCUCCUCUCCCAAAAACUCCUUGUCCUCCAAAGAGAAGCUUUUGGCCUUCGUCCACGAGUGGCGAUGUCACGCGACCUGCCCGUAUUCUUCACCUUCAUCGACUGCCUCAGGCGCAUCGUCCCCGCGAUUCAAAUGACAGAGUCACUGAUAUGCUAGUCUCGUCCUCUGCUAUCCUCGAUACUCCCCCUCAUACCGACCCAAAGUCAAGCACUCACCGUGUGUGGUAUCGAAACUUCCAGCCAAGCAUUUCCACUGCUCGCACUGGAGCUCAUACUCCCGGAUUCUCCACCAGCAUCAAUGGCCGACGCGUUGGUCGCUGCCAAUCUGAGUUCGAUCCCCUUGCCGAUAGCCCCUUCACUCAGAGGGAGGCUCGCCUUAUCGAAGAGGCCCGCGAGGAUAUUCGUAUCCAUCGCCAGCAUGCUGGCAUGGUCGCCCAACGAGGAAAGCGAAUGUUCAUGUGGGUCAUGAUCCUCACUCUCUUCUUCCCUUUCGUCGGCCCUAUCGUGCUCUACGGCAAGCUCAACUCGACUAUAUCGUGGUACACCCACGGAGAAAUGCAGUGCCUGACCAAGGACCAGCGCGGUACUCUCAAGCAGCAACUUCUCGUUGAGGCUGUUGUCUAUCCCGCAAUCAUCAUCGCCCUUUCAGUGCACUACUCGAUUUGA